CUUCAAGCAUAAUAAUUUCCACCCCCAUCGUCCAGAUUAUUUUUCCGCGUUAGUUAAACAUGAUGUCAAAUGAAAAUUAAACAUGUCUGUUGUUGAUACAUUACUCAGAGACAUUCUGUUCAUACCCAGUCACCACCAGAGAAGUAUUUCACAAUCCAGAGUUAUUUGUUUGGUACAUAAGGAUUGGUUACAGACACUGAGACAGAAGAGUUUACGCGAAUGUAAGUGGACAAAAGACAUUGGGAGGGAUGAUGCUGCCCUACUUUUGGCCCCCUCACACCAGAAGUUACCAAAAAGCUGGAACAGAGUCUGCAUCAAAAUAAUAAAGAAAAAUGAUGCACCAUGUAAAAGGUUACACAAUGGACCCCUUUACAAUGCUGCCCCUGUUGUGACAUGCACAGAACAUCUUAUACAGAAUGCAAGGGAAAAUUUCCGCAACCUGUGGACAUCAGCACAUGUAAAAUACAGCAAUGAAGAUCUUGACAUGUAUCACACAGUGGAAGAUCAGUUUUCAAAUGUGGUACGGACAUAUCUUCAACGAAUGAACCCCAGUGUUUAUAUCAACAUUCCAGAUAAGCCAUUUCAUACUUUCUCACCUAGCCAAUCAUUACAUCACCUAGGCAACAAUACCAUUCCAGUACUGGCUGUGAUAGAGACUAUGUCAACAUUUUUUGUUGUUCAGCCAUAUAUAGCAUGUUCAUUACGAGACAUUGUGUGUUACAGUCCUGCAGUAUUUGAUACAUCACAUGCCAAAUCUUUGUUUGUUUUGUAUCAGACUUUACAAGCUAUACUUGAUAGUCACAGAAUGGGGCUAAAAGUGGGUGAACUGAAUUUACAGAACAUACGAGUUGAUGAUAAACUCUGGGUUCAUUGUACAAGUGUCCAAAUGUCACAUUUAAUGGAUAAUGUAGUUGAAAGCAACAUAUCUACAAGUGAAACAUCAACCUCAGUAUUAAAUAUUGACCAAAACGAGAGAGUAUCUGAUAGAAUGUAUACAGAUUCCAAUAUUAGCCGAUUAAAAAGCUGUUCAGAAAGUUCAAGUGGUACAGAUAACAGUUACCUUCGUGCCAGAAGCAUUUCAAGGUUAAGCGAUUGUGAAAAUUACCUUGAAGAUGCAACUGAUGUGAUUAACAAGUUUCAGUACCUUGAUAUACCAGUGGAAAACUUAGCAAAACUCACAGAGGAUUGGGUCAAACAUAGAAUAAGUAACUUUAAGUACCUUAUGUAUUUGAAUCAUUUAGCAGGUAGAAGACUUGGGGACCCAAACCAUCACCCAGUGCUCCCUUGGGUUAUAGAUUUUACUAGCUCUAAUUCAGGGUUUAGAAAUCUUUCCAUGUCAAAAUUUAGACUGAACAAAGGUGAUAGCCAGUUAGAUUUUACAUUUGAAGCUAUGGCAGAAAUGGGGAAUAAUGGUGAACAUAUUCCUCAUCAUGUGUCGGAUGUUUUAUCUGAUAUAACGUAUUAUGUGUACAAAGCACGCAGAACACAAAAAAACAUACUUUGUUCCUAUGUUAGAACCAAAUGGGUGCCAAACGAAUAUCCGCAUAGUAUCGAGAGAUUGUAUCAGUGGACACCAGAUGAAUGUAUACCAGAAUUCUUCACAGACCCCUCUAUUUUCUCCUCCAUCCACGAAGAUCUACCCGACCUUGACCUACCAAAUUGGUGUUCGUCUGCUGCAGAGUUUGUAGAAAGGCAUAUGGCAAUGUUAGAGAGUGAGCAAGUGUCUACAAAUCUACACAACUGGAUUGACUUAACAUUUGGAUAUAAACUCAGUGGAACAUCAGCUGUGAAGUCGAAGAAUGUUUACCUACAGCUUGUAGAUGAACACAGACACCUGAUCAAUCACGGAGUAGUACAGUUGUUUACACACCCCCACCCACACAGACUGUCUUCAGAAAAAACUCUCUCACUAUUACCUGUCAGGGUUAAACGAACAGAGAUGAUGUCUGGUUUUGAUCUCAAACAAAUAGCUGACAGAGAUUUGGUUCAGACAGAUGCUCCCAAGAUCAAACUUCCAGCUGACUUUGAUCCUACAGCAACUCUGGAUCACUUUGAAGCUUUACACUCAUUCACAAGUGAAGCCACAGAAUGUCUUCCACCCUCAUCACAAAAAGAAAAGAUGAGAAGCACAAAGUUCUCAGAUAUUCAUGAAAGUGUAAAAAUGGUUUGGGCUGACAUGCAGCAGUUUGGUUGUCUCAUGUGUGAACUGUUCCUGGCUCCCAGGCUACAUGCACAUAAACCUGGAACCAGUCUUAGGGAACGCUACAAUAUGAUUGGCCGUCUGUGUGCCAAGGAUAGGGGUAAACUUCCCAGGAUGAUACAAACUGCUGCUGAAAUAUUGCUCAAUUUCGACAGUUUUAAAGAAAUCACAGAACCAGACACAAUGAAAAACUGUGGGACCAGCCUACUUUUUGAAUAUCCAAUAGUUAACUCCCUUGGAAUGCAGCCACCAACACCAGCUUUGCUUGUUCAACCAUUCUCAAAUGUUAUACCAUUCCCACCAUACUUUGCAGACUUGUUUAAAGUGUUAAACCAAAUGAAAGACAUAGACAGAGAUAUUGAAAGAGAAUUCAGUGAUAUCACAAAAUUAAAAGAAAAGAAGAAAAUUGAGAAAAACUUAUCAAGAAAGAAGGUGGAUGUUUUAGAAACCUACUUAAAAAGGAACAGAGGAACUAUAUCUGAGGAAGGAUAUGAACUACUUUUACCAUACAUAAAGGAGUUGUUUGAAGACCCUAAAACAACUGUGCAAGCUGCCUGGUCUCUGACAGGGGUUGUUGGUAAGGAAUUGGGACCAGCCGAACUAGAGCGCAAUAUGAUGCCAUAUUUAACACAGAUAUUCAAUGGAGAGGCUACCACUCCUAAACACAUGAAACUUUAUCACAGAUCCUUCCUAGUUCAGCUUUUGCUUCAUCUGGGUCUAGAGACAUUUCUAACAAACUUCUGCACUCUCCUUGUGGAAGCUGUUGCUGGUUAUAAGAAUUUUGACAUUGUGGAAGACCCAGAAAUGUCACAAGAUGAUUUGGACGAGGAAGUGGAGGAAGUUUUAACUGGCAGUCAGUCUCUACAUGAGGAUCUGCAAGGACUUCCCACUGUGAAUGAGCAGACAGAAGAACAGGAAGCUGGUGUACUAGAAGAUGAUGAGGAUAUAAGACCAGAUCAGAUAGAGGAUGAUGAUCAGCUGGCUGCUGCCUAUGAUGAUAAUGAUGUUGAUGAUGAUUUUGAGGAUGAAUAUCCUGGUAUAUCUGGACAUGACCACUCCAGGUCCGCUGAUUCAGUUAGCACUGAUUGGCUGUCUGAGAAAAGUAAUGAGAGUGAUGUCAAUCAGGAUGAGGGAUCUGCAAGAGGAAGUUCUGAUAGGGCUUCCAUUCACAGUAUAUCACACAUCAUUGAGAUGUCACAUGACAAAAGACUUGAUAAUGACCAGUCUGGAGACUUUCCAGAACCAAAAAUGAAGACCAGUCAGUCUGUUCACUUUGAAAUAGAUGAGAAGUCUGAUACAGAGUUAGGUGCAAGUGUCCAAUCAAAAGAUGAAAAUGUGAUUCAGUCUGACCAAUCAAAAGAUGAGAAAUACUCAGAGGACCAAUCAAAUGAUGCAGAAUUUAAAUCAAGCUCCUACAUGAUACGGAGUGAGACAGAUGAGUUUAGGCAGAUACAUUACAGUCAUACAAUCAAUAUAAGUGAUGUUUCAGCAGAAAGCAUAAAAUGGUUGUCACAUCGGCUUGGACCACUACUCACAGCCAAAUAUUUGUCAAAGAACUUAGUUAGGAUGCUGGCCCUGUGCUAUAUUGGCGAGGAGCAAGUCAUUUCAUUGAAUGAAAAUGAUGGAGACCUACCAAAGUCUACACGUCUAGUGCAAGGUGACAGAAAUGCACACAAGAUCCUGGAAUGUUUGAGUUCUGUGUCCUGUAUUUAUGGGGAACAAGUCAUACUUCUUCAGUAUAUACCCUGUAUAGUAGAUCUUAUCCAUGUAGCAAAGAAGAGAUUGACAAUGCGAGCUGAAGCAGGACUUCUAGCCGCAGUUGUGUUACUGAGACAUAUUAUUCCAUUGUUGACUGACAAAACAUUCCUGGAUGUGUUAAAGGAAUCUGUGAUAUAUGACGCAAUCAAACCAAUGCUGAAGCUGGUGUCGUCCAUGACUACAUCCUUCCCAAGUGGAGCAGUUGUACGCAGCAUUAUUCUUUACAAGACAGUUGAUGUUCUGUAUGUGGUGGGCCUUAGACUUGGCUUUGAGAUGGCUCGUCAAAUCAUGACCAGUGUGUUACAGCUGUUUUUCAAGCCAUUUGAGCAGGUCUAUUUUAAUGAAAAAGUUGAUGGCUUACCUCGAGGUGGAAGCUCCUCUGAUCUCCUGAAUGGUGGUACUACAGUUAAUAAAGAUUCUUAUUCAACAGAUGAAUCAUUCUUUCAUAUCAAAAUGGACUCUUCUACUCAACAAUACACAAUAGGUUCCCCUGUAAGCUUGAGUGUAUCACCUAAUCUGACUGACCACCUGAAGAAGUUUAGAUCAACCAAGUCCAGCUACAGUCUAGCAGAUAUACAUAUGGCAGAUGACAGAGAUGAUACAGAUUCUAGAUCAGCUACUGAAGAAAUCCUCCAAUCAGAAUUCAGACAGACAUUUAGCCCUGAAUUAGCAUUGGCAGCUUAUAUACCUCUCACAUCAGUGUUUGGAAGUCAUCACAUGGAGGAGUGUUUAACCAAUGAUGAUCUCAUCCGUAAACUAUGCUCGCAGUAUGAUAAAGCUUUGUACACAGAAUAUGAUGACAUGGAUGUUCCUGAACAUGAGGAGAAGAUGUCUAUGGAGGAGAGUAAAGCAGGUGAUAUAGGCAGCAAUGUAGCCAUGGUGGGAAAUCGUAUCUGUCUGCAGGAAGACAACAAGAUAGAGCCGAGUCCAGAAACAUUCCAGCUAAGGAAACAUUUCCAACAUAAAGGCAUUCUUAGAAUUGAUCCGGAGGAAACUAGAAGUAAAGAUAUUCAACACAACACGCAGAGGCAUCUAAAAGGCAACUGGCUGGCUUACUGGGAACAUGAAUUAGGUUUGAAUGAAAGAGAUACCCUGUUCAACUUCAAACAGAUUAAACUGCAAACUUUUCAAGGUCAUACAAAUAGUAUACGUUCUAUAACAUGCCUCGACAAUGAGAAUUCUUUCAUCAGUGCCAGUAAAGACAAAACUGUUAAACUGUGGUCUCUCAAUAGCUUCAGCGAUGGAUCUGGCAGAUGUAGGUGUCAGUGGUCCUAUGAUCGUCAUAAAAAGUCUGUAUUUUCUGUAGCAUACUUGGAGACACUGAGACUGGUUGCAUCGUGUGAUAGCACUGUACAUGUGUGGGAUCCAUUCACUGGAGAUACUAUACGGCAGCUAGAAUCAUCAAAAUACAGUCCUGUGAUAGCCCUCACACCAUUACCUAGCCCUAGCACAGUGGUAAUUACAGCUACACAAGAUAGUACACUGAGAUUCCUUGAUAUGAGAGCAGCUAGAUAUGCCCAUGAGUACAAAUGUUCUAUAGGCAACCAUGGUGUGAUACGAUGUGUUACAUCAAGUCCUGAUGGUACUUGGGUAGCUGUUGGCUUCUCUAGUGGUGUUAUAGCAGUAUUGAACCUACACACUGGAAUUCUGCUGGGUUCCUGGAAGGCACAUGACAGUGAAAUACUUCAGCUGAGGGCAUUCAACAAGACGUCAUUUCUAUCAACAGCAUUUGACUUAAACAUGAAACUGUGGAGUGUUGAAGGCACUACAGAACUAUACUCAUUUAAAGGGCAUACAGAGCCAGUACAUUGUGUAAGGUUUUAUAAGAACCAAAUUGUGAGUGCAACAACCAACAACAAAAUAGGUGUACAUACUUCAGUAGAUCUACAGGCAAACUUCUCAUCAACCAAGCUGAGGUCUGAAGUAUUUAAAGGGGUGCUGACCAGUAUGGAAAUUCUGCCUCUCAAUAGAACAUUACUGCUAGGUGCUGACAAUGGCAACAUAAAGCUGUUAUGUUAAUUUCUCUACAGACAGGGAACUUGAACCUUAAACGCAUCACCCAAGGUCUGCAUGUCCUGCCAUAAGGCUGCUCUCAUAAUUUCUCUGCUGUCAAGGAUCUUGAACCUUCAUCAGCUCUGCGUGAAUGUCUUACAUAGCAUUUCAUUUCUAGUUUAUUUCACAGCAAAAGAAAGAGAUUAAAUGUAGUUUUAGUUCUACGUUUGUAAUUAUACUGGACAAGUCAGUUUUCUAUUGUCAUGUGAUUAGUUAGUGACUUUGCACAAUUACCUCUUAAUACAGCCAUGACAUUAUCGGAUAUUACUCCAUAGUUAGAACUAGGGAUAGGUAAUUACACCCAUUAGGUAGUGAAUGGUAUUAUAUUCAGAUAAAAUGAUUGAAAGGAAUGUAUUUAUUGGUAUUCUUUAGUCAGACUUCCUUACAGUUACGUCAGUAAAUCGAGGGCUGAGCGCGAAACUAUUGUAUCUUGUUCUUUAUUUAUAUAUAGUUACAAUAGUUUCGCGCUCAGCCCACGAAAUGUAUUUUUAUAUCUUUUAUGAUUUGUUAAAACUGUUCUACCUGAAGCGUUUUUAUUUCCCCAGUGCCAUAUUAGAUAGAACGUAAGUUUUCAUAACCUUUAGAUAUUAAGUCAAAGAUCGUAUGAAAGAUAUUUUUAUAUAUCUUCUAUAAUUCAAAAAGGAAUCACUAUUUAUAUUCACCUGUGUUAUAAUAUCAGUCACAGAUGGUUAUCAUUGGUUAUAAUGUAAAGUUUAAGUGAUACUUUGUUUUAUUUCAUCUCUGUACGUCUGCCAACCCAGAUGUUAGGUACUGGUGUAUAAUGCCAGGCUUGUGGGUACUAACUUUACCUCCUUGUAUAAUUAUACCCCCACAAAACGAAGUUUGAGGGGUGUAUAUAGGAGUGAGCUUGGCGGUCGGUCGGCCAGAUGAUAACUCUUGAAAGGCUUGACCGAUUUAAAUAAUUUGUGGUCCACAGGUGCAACAUCAGAAAAUACAGGUCAAGUUCGAAUUUGGGGCCAGUAGGUCAAAUAUCAAGGUCACAGUGACCCUGAACAGUAAAACAGUUUCCAGAUGAUAACUCAUGAAAGGCUUGACCGAUUUAAAUAAUUUUUGGUACACAGGUGUAACAUCAUAAAAUACAGGUCAAGUUCGACUUUGAGGUCUGUAGGUCAAAAGUCAAGGUCACAGUGACUCGGAACAGUUAAAUGGUUUCCGGAUGAUAACUUGAGAACGCUUGGGCCUAGGAUCAUAAAUUUUUGUACACAGGUGUAACAUGAUUGAAUUCAGGUCACAUUCGACUUUGAGGCUAGUAGGUCAAAGGUCAAGGUCACAAUAAUACAAAACAGUUAAACAGUUUCCGGAUGAUAACUUGAGAAUGCUUGGGCCUAGGAUCAUGAAAAUCGAUAGGGAGGUUGGUUAGCACCAGCAGAUGACCCCUAUUGAUUUUGAGGUCAGUAGGUCAAAGGUCAAGGUUACAGCGACUUGGAAGAUUUAAACUGUUUCCGGACAAUAACUUCAGAACGCUUGGGACUAGGAUCACGAAACUUAAUAGGGAGGUGGGUCAUGACCAGCAGAUGACCUUUAAUGAUUUUGAGUUCCAAAGGUCAAAGGUCAGAGUGACCUGGAACAUUUAAACAUUUUUCGGACAGUAACUUGAGAACGCUUGGGCCGAGGAUCUUGAAACUUCAUAGGGAGGUUGAUCAUGACCAGCAGAUGACCUCUAUUGAUUUUGAGGUCAGUAGGUCAAAGGUCAAGUAAGUUCAGCUUUGACAUUGGCUUAGUUCUGUGACAAGGCCAUAUUAUGGGGGUAUAAUUCGUCACUUCUGUGACAACUCUAGUUAUAGAUAUUUUCUAGUUUUGAAAGCCAGAUAUAGUACCAUGUUAACCAAGAUAUAAUUAUACAUAUUUGUGUAGCGAAUGUUUGAACAAUUUUCCAGCAUUUAAACAUUAAAUGAAGUGGCAUUGAUAACAAAAUAUUUGGCCAGUUUGCAUUUUUGCCAGUAUUUAGUUAGAUGAGAGGAUGAUGUCAUUACCCUUACAUGCAGAUAUAUAUACACCAGUUAUAUUGUUAAUAUUCUGUGUAAAAUUAUAUUAAUUAACAGCCAUUUAAUUAGAUUCUAGUUUUGACCCAAAGUUAAUACCUGAACACUUCAGGAAGUGACAGUUUUAUGCUCUUGUAUUUGUUAACUGAUAUUUACUUUUUGUUAGUGUGUAAUCUGUGGAACCCAGGUGAAGAAAUGUAAUUGAAUUCUUUGUAUGCAAAAGCAUGUAUGGUAAAAACUCAGUGAGAUUGUUUGGUGAUGUUAUUGGGUGUCUGUAAAUGAUCAUGCAUAAAAUUAUACUUGCCACAUAGCAUGGGUUAAGGUGAAAACAUCGUCAAAAUUAUGCAGCUAUUUCUACAGUCACUGGAUACUGAAGACGUAACCAGCUGGGUUUUUUUGUAAGAAAUGAAGAAAUAUCAGUGGGACUUGCAAAACACUUGUCAGAAAUUUCAAAUGAAAAAUAGAAAAGGAAACCUGCCUGUCUGACCAAAAUUCCUGUCUUUUUUAAGGAAUUUUUAAAAAUAACUACUCAUGAAUUUUCAACAUAAUGUAAUGAGAAUCAGAUAUGACCUAGGUCACUAGGUCAAGGUCUAGGUCACUUUUGUAGGUCAAAUAGCUAAUCUUUAUGUCUGCUUCAUAUCUUCUAAACUGCUGGAAGGAUUUUCAUAAAACUAGCACUGAAUGCUUACCUCAUGGAUCAAACAACCUAGGUCACUAGGUCAGGGUCACACUGAAAGUUCACAGCUUUAUUUCAUACUUUGUAAUGGAUGUUCAACUAAUUAGACAUGUAUGUUCACCGUCAUAAUACAUCAACAAUCAUGCAUGACCAGGAGUCACUAGGUUAAAGGUCAUGGUCACACUUGGAGGUAAAAAAUUAAGUACCUUAAAUUUGUUUCUGCUAGGUGUCUGCUAAAUUGCUUGAAGAAUUUUUUUAAAACAAGUAUCGAUUGAUUACCUUAUCAAGUCGAUAUGAAGAGUGCGAAACCCAAAGCAGAAGGUCAAAGUUUAAGGUCACACUUGGUGAACAAAGGUCAGAUAGCUUUAUUUUAUGCAACAAUUGCUCGAGGUGGCAAGGGAGUGAGCAAAAUGUUAAAGCUAACCAAGGCUUCAAGCAUUCCAAACAUAGAACAUGGAAACAGGCCAGGAGCCACAUUGGUUACUCGAUUGAGCCAUCAGUGCUUGAGGAAGCAAUCACUGUAUUAUACAUGCUGGAAGAGUUUUUAUUAUGCCCCCACCAUAAAAUGGGGGUUUCCCCUGUCCAUGUGUGUGUUUGUGUGUUUGAGAAAGGGUGAUGUAUAUACGGUGAUUCCUAUUUAUAUGGACAUAUUAUAUUAUCGCCUCAGUGUCCAUCUGUCUGUCUGUCUGUUGGUUUGUAAUUUCCCUUCCGCUCUGAAACUCUUGAACCCCUUGAAGGAUUUCAAAGAAACCUGACACAAAUGUUCACCUCAUUGUUUCGAUGUGCAGAGCGCAUGUUUCGGAUGGCUCACUUCAAGGUCAAGGUCACACUUAGGGGUCAAAGGUCAUAUGACUUUGUUUUGUGUGUAUAUUGCUCUGCAUUUGCAUUGCAUUGCAGUGCUCUAGUUUUUAUUUGACAGAUCCUUCUUUUGUUCACUUACAAUAAUUUUUUUAUUAAUUACUUCCCUUUUAUGUUACUAUAAAUAGCUUAUUUAGUAACCUUUUUAUUAUUGGCCGUAGGGAAAAACCGAGACCACUUUUCUGUGGUACAACAUGGAUGGUACCUCCAAUUUUUAGGCGUAUUUUGACACAUCUGUACCUUGUAAGAAUUUUUUUUCUUUUUGGUUAAAGCAAUGGUACUCAGGUGAGCGAUACAGGGCCAUCAUGGCCCUCUUGUUUAUUACUGGUUUAAGGGAAAGAACAAGACCACUUUUCUGUAGUACAACAUGCAUGUUACAUCCAAUUUUGAGAAGUAUUUAAACCGAUCUCUACCUGGUAAGGAUUUUGUGUGGACUUAGGAUUUUUUUAUUUUUGUUAAGAUUAACUUCCCUUAGUUACUAUAAAUAACUUAUGCCAGUGACCUUUCUCAUUUUGUGGGGGCAUCCGUGUCUGUGACACAUUUCUAGUUAAACAAGCAUCACAUGUUAACUCAAUCAAGAUGACAUGCAGAAUACACAGCUGAGGUCAGUAGGUCAAAGGUCAAGGACACAAUUGGAGUUUAAGCUCAUGAUCACAACAUUUUACAUCCUCUAUAUCAGAGCUAUAAUCACAUUCAGUAAUAGCACUAGUUUCAAUAAGCUGAGGUGUCUAAGUUCAGCACAUUGCAAGCGACUAUCUUGAUAUAGUCUAACACCAUUAACUCAAAAUGUAGCCUUACAUCAUUUAACUGUACGUGUGAAAGCACACAUAAGUCUUAAAUGAGUGAGAGAUUUAAACAUUAAUAAAUGCUUACCAAUAUCUUACUGUCAAUCUCUGUCCCUCUCCCUCUACAGUAAGCUGAAGCCUACUUUCAGUGGACCAUAUUCUGUGUGGUGGUUCUCCAUACCUCCUCUGACUUUACCUUUUCUCUCUAGUUGUCCAUUAGUAGCUUCUGUCACAUCUGGUCAUCUUGAUGGUUCUGCAAUCUUUUUUGUCAAAUCUUAAUGAUAUAUCUUUUAUUGUCUCCAUAAGUUUUAAGGCUUUCAACACUAGUCUGAAAGCUGUAUGGAUAUUCAGAGUUUCUAUUCAAUUUUCCAAGAGUUUUAUAUAUAGAGAAAAUCAUAGUGUUUCUUUGAUAUGGGCGUCUGCUUCUUUUUUUCUCAAAUUAAAGUGAAGAUAGUUUGCCAAAAAGCUGAGUCAGUUGUCAUAAUAAAUGUGUUUAAUUAAUAAUGUCAAAUUUGGCAUUUCUGCCAGUAUGUGCAAUAUUUUUUUAAAUAUGUUCACCCUAGAUAUUGAAUAUUUUGUACUAUAUUUUAUGUAGCAAUAUCGCAGAAUUGACAUUUAUGUAACAAUCAUAUAAUCAUAUAGAACAAUAUUGAACUUAAUGAAAAUUGUUAAUUUUGUAUAAAUUUGGUAAGUUAAGGGGUAUGUAUUUCAAAUUGUAAAUCAGUUUGUAGCAAGUUAAUUGUUAGCUUGAUUAUAAAAAAAAACAAUGAGGAGUUAUUCUACUUGUCUAGGCGUCUGUAUCACACUUUGAUUUGUAUUCUAGGCUAUAUCUCAGUAACCAUUUCAUAUAUUGGAUCAAAAGGCUUCACAGUCAUUAAGAGCGGAACUUGUAGUCCAGUGGUAAUACUGUUUGACUAUGAAACCAGGAGUCACGAGUUCGAGCCCCCGCUUCUCCAACUAAAAAUUACUAACACUGGGAUAAGAGUCCUGUGUAUGGGUGCUUUACACCUGGCAUGCUAAAGAACCAGGGAAGCUUCUGGAAUUGGAGCAUCUUCUGUAUCUUGCACUAUCCUCCAACUAACAUUAAUGUCAGUCUUCUGGAGGAGUCACCCAUAUGGGUUACUGGUGGUGACUAUAAAUAAACUUAUAUACAAACAAACACAGUCAUUAGACCAACUGAAAUAACCAAGUUAGAUAUUUCUUUGUUAAAUCAGAUAUAAAUUAUAGCUUUUUUCAGUCUUAAAACUUUGCUUGCAACUGUCAAGCUGUAUCUAAUAAACAGAUAUUGUAUUGAAACUUCACACAAGACAUCCUUCUCAUCAAAUAUACUAACCUAACUUAAAUAACACUUGGUUAAAAAAUAUUUAUAAUUUUAGCUGUUUACUUUGAAUAUUCAGCGAAAGUGUUAUCAUUGUGAGAAUAAAAUUUUAAUUUGUUCUAUUACAAUAGCUCUGUUAUAUUAGUCUUGCCUGACUGUAAUGAAAGUUAGUCCUUCUUCAACUAAGAUCAUCUUUUGUCAUCUUUUGAUGUGAAGAUUAUAUCAUGCCAACAGAUAUUAACUUUGCAAUACAAUGUAGUGAUUUUAUCAGAUGUGAUUUUAACAAUAAUUAUUGUAGUAACAUCUAGAUUGCAGGUCUAACUUUUUACAGCAACUUUUGUUUUCUUUUUCAUUUUGUUGUUUAUGAAUAUUUUAGUCAGUGUAUAAUUGUCACAUUUACAUUUCUGUGUCUUACAUACAUGCCAUAAUUUUUCAGAACGUUUCCGGGAUUCUGAGUUAAAAUUUCCGGGAUUUUUACCUUUUGUCCGGGACAUACACCGUGACAUUGGUAUUCAUCUGUUUCAUGCAAAAAUAUCAUAAUAUACAUGUAGUUUCCCGAGACUAAACAUUGUUCGCUCGCUUGUAUUAAUUUGCGGCAAAUGUCGUCUAGCGUUCUAAGGGAGGUAAAUACAUGUAUACGGGUAAUACAUCUAUAGUUCGGCACGUGAAUUUAUUGCGUUCCCGAGGUGAACAGAAUUAGGAGACUUACUAUAUACGAAGAAUCAACCUGGUCAUCGUGAUUUAGAUUCUAGCUAAUUUGGUAUCAUUCUAAACCUUAAACAUUUAUCUAAUAAUUAAAUGAAUCCUUAAAGGAAUAAAAUAAAUCUUGUAGAUAAAAUCGACAAUAUAAAAUAUUUGGAGUCGGGUCAAUUUUCAUGGGUCGGUCGGCAAAGGCAUUCAGCAUUUUAAUUUAAAAUAUGUGUGACAAUCGAUCUAGAUCUUAAAUAAUUUAAUAAUUACAACCUUUUAAAAUAAUUAUCGUUUAAUUGACCGUUUUCAAUAAUCUCUUCCAUAAAGGCUACAUGUAGCUUUACCGCCAACGUGCUAAAAACAAAGAGAUUUACGACUAUUGUUCCUAAUUUAACUAUCAUAAAACAAUUAUUGAUUGCAUAAUCCUGUCAGUUCUUAAUCAGGGUCAUCAUAAUAACUGACUGUAACUUAAUCAGUGUCAUCAAAAGAUCGUCGCAUGAUCAAAGCAGGCUUAAUCAACACGUGUCCCGCUCGCCCGCUCGAGGGCAUGAAAGUGAUUAGGAAUAAACAGUGUGACAACGGGGACUGUUUAUUGUGUAAAAUUUAACAAAUUAUAGACAAAAACAAGUUUUUUGGGGGGUUGUUUUUAUUUGUUUCUGUAUUUUUAUUUUUCCGGGACAUUUUAAGACUGUCCGGGACACCGGGACGAGUAUGUAAUUUCCGGGACAACCCGGACAAACCGGGACGUAUCACAUGUAUGGUGUCUUAGCACAUUAUAUUUAUGUCUCCCCCUACAUCUGUCCGUCCAUCACACUUCAUUUCCGAGCAAUAACUGGUGAACCAGUUGACAUAGAACCUUCAAACUUCAUAGGCUUAUGGAGUGGACAACCCCUAUUGUUUUUAGGGUCACUUCACCAAAGGUCAAGGUCACAGGGGACUGAACAUGGAAAACCGUUUUUGAUCAAUAACUUGAGGACCACCCAGAAUGUUUUAUAGGUUGAUUAGACAAGCAUAGUAGAUGACCCCGAUUGAUUUUGGGGUCAUUCUGUCAAAGGUGAAGGUCACAGGGGCCAGAACAUGGAAAACCAUUUCCAAACUACUUGACCCAGAACAUUGAAACUUCAUGGGAUGAUUUGACAAGUCGAGUAGAUGAUCCCUGUUGCAUUUUAGUCCCAAAGUGAACCGUCAGUGUCAGUUUGAUUUUCGCUUCUGUCCCAUAUUGACUUGCUGCAUGUUACUACUAUGGGGAGACAUGCGCUUUUCUACAAAAGCAUCUUCUAGUUAACUUUUACAUUUAUUUGUGAACUUAAAAUUAGAAAGUAUAUUUAAAUUGAACAAAAUUGAUUAUAUUUUUAAAAUACUCACUGUUCUAAAAGUUGAAAUCAUCAUAAACAGUACUUUUCUCUGUACAAACUACCUAGUCAACAAAAAAUAAAAGUGUGUACAUUUCUCAGCAAAAUUCCACUUGUUUAAAUGUUUGACUGACAUGCAGUAAGAUGUUGUGUGUUGAAAAUAUGUCAAUAGAGCAGCUUAAAUGAUUACAUGUAGUUGUGAAAGCAGCAUUUCUUGUAACAAAGUUGAAUUUCUGGAAUUGGUACAGACUUUUUAUAUUAUUUUAUAUAUUUUGUCUAUCAUUUGUAAUAAUUGUGGACCAAACUGUUUUACUGUGAUGUAUUGUUAUUUCUGUUUGUAGAACAGCAUUGCUGAACAGGUACUUCUGUAUCCAAGAUACACGAUCAUCUUCUCUAACUAAGAUACAAUUAUAUCAUCUCUAUCCGAGAUACAGUACAACUGUCCUGAAAACAGGUGCAUCUCCAGUAUCCGAGAUACAGGUACAUCUCCAGUAUCUGAGAUACAGGUACAUCUCCAGUAUCCGAGAUACAGGUACAUCUCCAGUAUCCGAGAUACAGGUACAUCCAUAUCCGAGAUACAGGUACAUCUCCAGUAUCCGAGGAUACAGGUACAUCUCCAGUAUCCGAGUUACAGGUACAGCUUCAGUAUCCGAGGUACAGGUACAUCUCCAGUAUCCGAGAUACAGGUAUAUCCCCAGUAUCCAAGAUACAGGUACAACUGUCCUGGAUACAGGUAUAUCUCCAGUAUCCUAGAUACAGGUACAUCUCUGGUAUCUGAGAUACAGGAGAUACAGUUUCCGAGAUACAGGUACAUCUCCAUUAUCCGAGAUACAGGUACAUCAGUAUCCUAGAUACAGGUAUAUCUCGAAUAUCCAAGAUACAGGUACAUCUCCAGUAUCCGAGAUACAGGUACAUCUCCAGUAUCCGAGAUACAGGUACAACUGUCCUGGAUACAGGUAUAUCUCCAGUAUCCAAGAUACAGGUACAUCUCCAGUAUCCAAGAUACAGGUAUAUCUCCAGUAUCUGAGAUACAGGAACAACUGUCCUGGAUACAGGUACAGUAUCCGAGAUACAGGUACAUCUUUUCUGUCUUAGAAAAAGGCACAUCAUCUCUGUCUGAGAUACAGUACACCUUCAUUAUCUCAGUUACAGGUGCCUCUUUUCUGUCCGAGAUACUGGUGUACAUCUCAAUCUAAGAUACAGGUACAUCUCUGAGAUACAUAUGGGUCUUCUCUAUCCAAGAUACAUGUAUAUCUUUCUGACAAUACAACAUCAGAACCAUUUUAUUGCAAAGCUUGUAAAUAUUAUUUAUAUAUUUUAGUUUGUUUAUAGUUUUAGAACUUACCAAAUUGCCAAAUUUUAUAUAUUUUUACAUUGGUGAAUUUGUUGCUUUAUAUCUGUACAUGAUAAUUGUUGAGUGUAUUUGUAAUACAUAUCAGACUUUUCAUUUAUUUUAUAUAGUUGAUUUUCAGACCUUUUGUACAAUGUACCGGUAGUCUUAAAUUUUGAAUGAAAUAAGGGCAGAUUAUCUUUUUGUCUAUUUGAAAAGGAAAGUUAAUCCUUUUGUCUAUUUAUGAUUAAUGAAUGGAAGUUUUUUUAAUCAUUUACAGCAAAGUGUUCUUAAACCCUUAGCCUGCUAAAUUACUAAAAUGGACUGGUCCAUCAUUCAGUUUGGACUGUACCACUUAUUAUUAAAAGGGGUGUUCACUGAAAAUUUACUGACUGAAUAGCAAACAGUGCAGACCAUGAUCAGCCUGAAUGGAUGUGCAGGCUGAUCUUGGUCUGCACUGGUCGCAAAGGCAGAAUCACUUAACGCCAGCAGGCUAAAGGUUAAAGACCCUGUCAAAUAGUAAAACUGUCUAAGAUCAGGAUUUGUUGAACAAUAUUAUUUAAGAAGUUUUGUUUUUAUGCUGCUCAUAUUUUGAACAUCAAUUUACAAAUAAAAUAAUAUUGAAACAGCAUACCAGUCUAUGAACUUGUGACACAGUUUACAUUGAGCUCCUAGUUAAUAUUUUUAGCUUGGCUGAAGAAACUAUUGAAAUAUUCCUGUUAUUAUUUGAAUUGUUUUAUUUUAGGUUCUUGAUUUAUCUUUCCAAGUAUGAAAUAUUUUUAGUUGAGCAAUUGUUCUGUUUGCUUAUGACUCCGCACAUGACUUAUUGUGAUAAGCCCAUUUGUACAUGUAUUGUUCAAGGCUAAAUUUAUUUAUUGAUAGAGAGGUGAAACGAGGUCAAGUGAUACAAAAAUUUCAAGUAUAUACAAGAAUGUUCAAAGUGCAGUGUGGUAUGUAACCUGUUUAGUGCUGUAUGUUUGUUAAAUUGUGCAAUAAAGUGUGGACAUGAUGAACAAGAAAAUAAAACAUUUCACAGAUA